CUAAAAUAUUUAGUUAAAUUGCAAUAUUUAUAACGUCUCUUAUAACAUCAACCAAAGAUCCUCAGCACCGCCAAAUGGAAGGUGCAGUAAUACACAGCCUGGGAAAGUUAGAAACUGUUGGCAGAGAUGGUUCCAAGGUUACUACAGUGGUUGCAACACCCGGCCAAGGUACCGACCGUGUACAAGAAGUUUCCUACACAGAUACAAAGGUGAUUGGCAAUGGAAGUUUCGGUGUAGUCUUUCAAGCUAAACUAUGCGACACAGGGGAGCUGGUAGCGAUUAAAAAAGUUUUACAAGACAGACGAUUUAAGAAUCGUGAAUUGCAAAUAAUGCGUAAAUUGGAACAUUGUAAUAUUGUAAAACUUUUGUACUUUUUCUAUUCGAGUGGUGAAAAGCGAGAUGAAGUGUUUUUGAAUUUAGUCCUCGAAUAUAUACCAGAAACUGUUUACAAAGUUGCACGUCAAUACGCUAAAACUAAACAAACGAUACCAAUCAACUUUAUUCGUCUUUACAUGUAUCAGUUGUUUAGAAGUUUGGCAUAUAUACACUCUUUGGGAAUUUGUCAUCGCGAUAUUAAACCCCAAAAUCUUCUAUUAGAUCCAGAGACAGCAGUGUUGAAACUAUGCGAUUUUGGUAGCGCAAAACAAUUGUUACAUGGUGAGCCGAAUGUAUCAUAUAUUUGCUCUCGGUACUAUCGUGCACCAGAGUUAAUAUUUGGUGCAAUUAAUUAUACAACAAAAAUCGAUGUAUGGAGCGCUGGCUGUGUCUUAGCUGAAUUACUCUUGGGUCAGCCUAUAUUCCCCGGUGAUUCCGGUGUUGAUCAAUUAGUUGAAGUUAUUAAAGUUUUGGGUACACCAACACGAGAACAAAUUCGCGAAAUGAAUCCAAAUUAUACGGAAUUUAAAUUUCCACAAAUAAAAAGUCAUCCAUGGCAAAAGAGCAAGAGCAGCAGCAACGUUUCCAAUCAAUAUUUCUCAUUAUUGAGGCAAUUGACAUUUAUGCACGCAGUAUCUUUCAAAGACAUUAUCAAUUCUUGA